AAAAACAAGACGAGGAGGAGGAGGAGGAGGAGGAGGAGGAGGAGACGGAGGAGGAGGAGGAGGAGGAGGGCAAAGUUGGACUAGGCAUAGGCGGAGCAGAGGGAGAAGAACUACAAUGGAGAAACCCCCGGCAGGACACGCCCGACCUGGACGCUCCCUCGGACGAUGAGCUGCGGCGCCUGAACGACCUCUCGGAAGAAGAGCUCCGGGACAUCGACAUGAAGCUCCGGCUGCUGGCGGUUCAGAGGAGGAUUCUGUCUGUGAUCGACGAGACGCCGGAAGAGAAGAGGAUGAGCCAGUACGAACGAGAAGAGAGAAGGAAAAGAAGCGAAGAGGCGAGCGAAGGAAUGUCGGGAAUGAGAGAGACACGAGAAGGAAGCGUUGGGAAGGGAGGAAAAGAGGAGGAAGGGAAAGAAGGCGUCGAGAAGGGAGGAAGGGAGGUGGAAGAGGAAGAAGAGGAGGAUAGCAAGGGUGUGGAGUAAGAGGAGAAUGUAUGAUAAACUUACGGACAGGAAGGAAGGGAAACGAAGUACAAGGGAGAAAUUCGAAAGAAAGAAGGAAAAUGCGGACAGAAGUAGGAGUAGAAGACCCAGAGGAAACAUAUAGAGAAGAAGAUGAAAUAAAAGAAUAGAUAGAAUAGGAAACAAUAACAAUAUGCUGAAGUAAAAAUCAUGUUAACAUAAAAAACGAAAAAGGAUGAAACAUGGGAUAGAUAUAACAGAAUUAAGGAAAGUGGAAUGAAAAAAAAUUAUUUGCUUAUAUUUGUACAAAAAUAUAAUUUUGUCCGGAUGUUAAUGGAAUCAGUGAUUUAAGGGUGAUUUAUAUACCACAGCGUUUAGUAAGAUUUAUGUACAUUAUAGAUUACGAUUUAUAUUUUUGUGAUAUAGAACGCAGAACUCAAAUAUGUUCAUGAGUUCUCCAUCAUUUAUUUUACCAUUCUCUCUCUCUCUCUCUCUCUCUCUCUCUCUCUCUCUCUCUCUCUCUCUCUCUCUCUCUCUCUCUCUCUCUCUCUCUCUCUCUCUCUCUCUCUCUCACUAUCUUCCUCUAUAUCUUCCACCGUAUUACCUCCCUAUGGUGACGCUACGUAUCUUACGUCUUAUCGCCGUGGCUUCCGGCACAAACCGUCUCAAUCACCUGCUCGGCAUCUCGCCCCGGAAGCGGGAUCUCCGGCGUCUGUCGGAGGCACACUAGUCGGCGUCUUGGAGUGGAGCACGAGGUACCCGUCCCGAAGAGACUGAAGCAGUCUGCAAGAUGUUUCGAGUUCUUAUCUUGGCUUACGCUGCUGUGUCCCUGGUGUGCAGCAAGGAGCCGAGCGCCGUGACCGAGGCGUUGAAUAUCUCAGCCUGCGAAGUAAACUUGGGAUUGAAGAUAAAGCCGCAAGCAAGCAAAACGUUUCCCCUCAAGAAAAGCACCAAGUUCGCCGUCAGAAGAGACAAACGACGAAAUGAAAGCAAUUUCAUUGUGCACUUAUCUGACGCGGGCAGCAAUACCCUCCUCGAGCUUUCUUUCGGUGAAAACGCCAUGGGUGUGAGAAUCCCCAUUCAAUUUCAGCUGCACGACGAAGAGUGGUCGAACAUCUCCCUCUUCCUCGAAGACGCCGCGCUGCGCGUGCUCGGAGCUUCUUGGGACGUCGUCGUGACCUCGAUUGAAGGCCUGGGCAAUGUCACGGGGUUUCGGAUCGAAACCGUCCCAGACACCUACUUGGUGCUCAACGAAUGCAUGAUAGUUCCAGAAACCCCUUCAAAACCAAGCACUCCGGAGGGAAAGAAUAUAUUAUUGUAUACUUCUAUCGCUCUCAACUGCCUCCUGAUCCUGGUCAUCGGCGGUCUCUUCACGUACUUGGUCUUAGACCGCAACCUCGCCAACGAGCCGUCCGUUGCCUCUUACUCGGAAGACCAGGACUCGGCCUUAGCGGAGGCAGCUAGUGAUUUCUAAUUCAGCCCCGCGAGUGGCUCGUUCCAUCGCCCCGGGCCCGUGUGUGGACGCGGCCGGCGGAGCGAAGGAGACAAACGAGACAGUUGUCCAAGCAGGACCCCAGCGGCCCUCGCCCUCAGAUGAGGCCAUGAGAACGAACGAGUUACCAUGGCGGUUGUAAGAUUGUGAACAUGACUGACGCGCCCGGAUGCCACCACACCAAGUGAAUAAACUUAUCAGACAUAACGCAUGACUGACGAACCCGAUGCCCAUUACGCAUGACUGACGAACCCGAUGCCCAUAAGGCAUGACUGACGAACCCGAUGCCCAUUACGCAUGACUGACGGACCCGAUGCCCAUAACGCAUGGCUGACGAACACAAUGCCCAUAACGCAUGACUGACGAACCCGAUGCCCAUAACGCAUGACUGAUGAACCCGAUGCGCAUAACGCAUGACUGACGAACCCGAUGCCCAUAACGCAUGACUGACGAACACAAUGCCCAUAACGCAUGACUGACGAACCCGAUGCGCAUAACGCAUGACUGACGAACCCGAUGCCCAUAACGCAUGACUGACGAACCCGAUGCCCAUAACGCAUGAAUGUCCAGUUUACCUGUUUACGUUGUUUACCUGGUUGAUUAGAACCGCAGAUUUUUAUCUUUACAAACACGUUUCCGUUCAUUUCUCGGCACUGUGUAUUUUAAUGAUGACACCAUGUUUUGUUUUUUCAUUGUGAUGUUAAUUUUGAUGAUGUUCGUGUGCUUGUCACUUUGUUUGUUUAGACAUUUGUUUGUGCGGGUGGAUGGGUGAGUGCCACUUUUUUUGCACUACCGCUGACAUUUUGUCCGAAGGCGAUAACUCCCUGUCAUUCGAUACGUAUUGUGUUCGCUGGCAAAGUUUCCGCUGGCUUACCUGUUUGCUUACACCUGAGCCGCAUUCCCCGGCGCCGCCUUUGGAUUUAGUGUGAGGGUAUGUCUGCGUAUUUGCGUCGCUGUAUGUAUGCGCAUGUUUGAAUGUUCAUCUAUGUAUAUUCCGCCUGAUCUGAUUUAUUUAAAAUAAUGUAUCUUGAUUUGUAUCAGCAAUAUAUUUAUAUUUCUUUCAGUUAUGAUCACUGCAAUAAAGUUCCUAACACAC